CGAGCCGCCGCCGCUAUGUUCGACCUCGAGCGCGGCUGGAGCCUGUCCUUCGCCGGCUGCGGCUUCCUGGGCUUCUACCACGUCGGGGUGACCCGCUGCCUGAGCGAGCGCGCCCCGCACCUGCUCCGCGACGCGCGCAGGUUCUUCGGUGCCUCGGCCGGCGCGCUGCACCUCGCCUUCUUCCUCUCUGGGAUCCCGCUGGACCGGAUAUUACAGAUCCUCAUGGACCUCGCCCGCAGUGCCCGAAGCCGGAACAUUGGCAUCCUCCACCCGGCCUUCAAUUUGAGCAAGCACCUCCGAGAUGGCCUCCAGAGAUACCUCCCAGACAACGUCCACCAGCUCCUCUCGGGCAAAAUAGUCGUCUCGCUCACCAGAGUGUCCGAUGGAGAAAAUGUGCUGGUGUCUGAUUUUCGGUCCAAAGACGAAGUCGUGGACGCCUUGUUUUGUUCCUCCUUCAUCCCUAUCAUCUGUGGCUUGAUCCCCCCUUCCUUCAGAGGCGUGCGAUACAUUGACGGAGGAGUGAGUGACAUCAUACCCUUCUUUGACACCAAAACGACCAUCACUGUGUCCCCCUUCUAUGGGGAGAGUGACAUCUGCCCCAAAGUCAAGUCCACGAACUUUCUUCACGAGGGCUUCACCAAGCUCAAUCUACGCCUGUGCUCGGAGAACCUCCACCUGGUAACCCGGGCGGUGUUUCCCCCAGAUCUCAAGGUGCUUGGAGAGCUGUGCUUUCGAGGAUACUUAGAUGCGAUCAGGUUCUUGGAAGAGAAUGGCAUGUGUGACAGGCCCCCUCCGUGCCUGAGGGAGGCCUCUGCAGAGUCGGAAGCCCUGGAAGCCCCCUGGGAGCACAGGAGCCUGGAGCCUUCCCCCGACGUGGCCACCGGGGCAGCGAGGCCUGAGGGAGACGAGCUGCUGGAACAUCUGCGCCUUAGCAUCCUGCCCUGGGAUGAGAGCAUCCUGGAGACCCUGUCGCCCAAGCUCAUGACAGCCCUGAGGAAAGCAAUCAGAAACCAAGAUGGGUACAUAAGCAAGAUUUGCAACUUCUUCCCAAUUAAGGUCAUGUCCUACGUGAUGCUGCCAUGUACGUUGCCCGUGGAGUCUGCCAUUGCUGUGGUCCAGAGGCUGGUGGCGUGGCUUCCGGACAUGCCCAGUGACAUCCAGUGGCUGCGAUGGGCCAGCUCCCAGGUUUGUUCUCACGUGGUGAUGUGUCUGCUUCCCACCUCCAGACACCAGCAAGCAGCCCACGGUCUUCCCCCCACAAACCAGAACACCGUGGGCACCACUGGCCUCCCUGCUCCUCCUUGGACCCGGACGCCCUCCCGAUGGACUGCCCAGUGGAGGCCAAAGCUGACAUCCGUGAUGUGUCCCGGAGUCGAGGAGCCGGCAAGGUCAGACCAAGCGCUGCGCCGUGGGGACAUACCCUUUAGAGGAGAGUGUGACGGGGGGCAAACUCUGCGGGAGCCUUGA